AGGUUUAUAUCCUCGGGCAUCAGCUGACGCUCCGCAUUGCAGACUGCGGGGUCGAGUGUUGCCAUGUACGCUCUCGUCUUCCUGGCCGGCCUCCUGGGCACGGGUCUAGCCAGCCCGGUCCUGGGCCUGAAAGAAUGCACGAGAGGCUCAGCGGUGUGGUGCCAGAACUUGAAAACGGCCUCUGACUGCGGCGCCGUGAAGCACUGUCUGCAGACCGUGUGGAGCAAGCCCACCGUGAAAUCCCUUCCCUGCCGCUUGUGCAAAGAUGUGAUCUCUGCGGCUGGCGAGAUGUUGAAGGACAACACUACCGAGGAGGAGAUCCUCGGCUACCUGGAGAAGACCUGCGACUGGCUUUCGAACCCCAACCUAUCUGCCUCGUGCAAGGAGAUUGUGGACUCCUAUCUGCCCGUAAUCCUGGAUCUCAUUAAAGGAGAAAUGAGCCGGCCUGGGGAGGUGUGCUCCGCUCUCAACCUCUGCCAGUCCCUGCAGAAGCACCUGGCUGAGCUGAACCACCGCCGACAGCUUGAGUCCAAUAAGAUUCCAGGGUUUGACAUGACGGAGGUGGUGGCUCCCUUCAUGGCCAAUAUCCCCCUGCUGCUCUACCCUCAGGACGGCCCCCGCAGCAAGCCGCAGCCAAAGGAUGACGGGGACGUCUGCCAGGACUGUGUCCAGAUGGUGACCGACAUCCAGAAUGCUGUGCGCACCAACUCCACCUUCGUCGAGGCCUUGGUGGAGCACGCCAAGGAGCAGUGUGACCGCCUGGGGCCCGGCAUUGCCGACAUGUGCAAGAACUACAUCAGUCAGUACUCGCAGAUUGCCGUCCAGAUGAUGAUGCACAUGCAGGAUCAGCAACCCAAGGAGAUCUGUGGGCUGGUUGGCUUCUGCGACGAGGUGAAGGAGCUGCCACUGCAGGCCCUGGUGCCCGCCAAGGCCGCUGAGAACAUCAUCCCCGCCCUGGAGCUGGUGGAGCCCGUCAAGGAGGCACCGGUCCAGGUGCGCUCUGACCUCUUGUGCAAGGCCUGUGAGCUCGUGGUGCAGAAGGUGAUGGACCUGAUUGACAACAACAAGACCGAGGAGGAGAUCAUCCACGGUCUGGACAAGGUGUGCUCGGAGCUGCCCACCUCCCUCGCACAGGAGUGCCAGGAGGUGGUGGACACGUACGGCAGUGCCAUCCUGUCCAUGCUGCGGGAAGAGGUGAGCCCCGAGGUCGUGUGCAGCCUCCUCCGCAUCUGCUCCAGCAGCAGCACGCCACCCAGACUGCCCGUCAUGCCUGCGCGCACGGGCCCAGUGAAGGACGGCUUCUGUGAGGUGUGCAAGAAGCUGGUCGGCUACCUGGAGCACAACCUCGAAAAGAACAGCACCAAGCAGGAGAUCCUGACAGCCCUGGAGAAAGGCUGCAGCUUCCUGCCUGAGCCCUACCAGAAGCAGUGUGACCAGUUUGUGGCUGAGUACGAACCCGUGCUGAUAGAGAUCUUGGUGGAGGUGAUGGACCCUGGCUUCGUGUGCCUGAAAAUUGGAGCCUGCCCUUCAGGCCGGAAGCCUGUCUUGGGAACUGAGAAGUGUGUCUGGGGCCCCAGCUACUGGUGCCAGAACUCGGAGACAGCUGCCCAGUGCAACGCUGUGGAGCACUGCAAACGUCAUGUGUGGAACUAGGCCACGUACCUGGUCCCUCUGGCAGAGAGAAGCUGUGGUAACACAUCCUAGUUGACUUUGUUAUAAAAUAGGACCCCCCUCCCCCUCCGCUCCUCCAGUCUCCCUCCUGUUGUAACGUAGCUUCCGCAUGGGGGUUGUGCGCGCCCCAGAGGUUGGACCUGCCUUCCGUGUGGACUUACUAGAGGAGGAGAAGGUCACGCCAGAGCCCCUUGACAGGAUCAGAGCUGUCCCUGGGCUGGGGCCUUGCCGAACCUGGGUGGGAGGGAGUGGGAAGGAAUAACCGUCUCCUUCCUGCUAGCAGACAGCGCCACAAAGGCAGGGUCCUGAGGGUGAAGGCGCUGCUGUGGCCAGCCCGGCUGCUCUGGGCGCACGAGUUACCCUGAUUUUAGCUUUCCUGUCAUGGGCGGGGGAAUCGCCUGACUACGCUGCUAGCUCUGUGGCCAGCCUUGCCCAUGCCCCCAGGUGCCCACUGCAUCCCCGCCUCUGUACCUCCCCCCCUGCCCGCCCAUGGAUGUUGAUUUAUGUUUCCCCCAGUCAGUGUAGAGGACGAGCUCCUGACCUGCUGGCCGCUUGGAGCGGGGCAAGCUGCGGGGCCUCCUGGCUUCUGCUGCUCCUCAGGCUGCCAGUGAGCCGGGCAGGCGCUGAGAUGAACCUAAAUGAGUGGUCUGUUUUGCACUAAAAUUUGUGUGAUUUAAUAAAGUUCUGUUAACCAGA